AUGAACGAUAAUCAGACUGAGUGGGACCAAGACAUUCUUAAUGAUAUUUUUAAUUCAAGAGACCGAGACAUUAUUCGUCUCAUUCCUUUUGAUACAAAUUCAGAAGACCAUUGGUAUUGGCGUUUGGAACGACUUGGGCAUUACUCUGUCAAGAGUGCGCAUGCUCUCCUUCAGAAGAAUAAAUUACCAGUUAGUUCGGCCGAAAAUUUGGCGUUCUGGAAGAAUUUGUGGCAGCUAGAUAUCCCUCCUAAAGUUAAAAAUUUUCUUUGCUGCCGUGAGUCCACCAUCCAUAUUCUGGUUUCUUGCUCAUUUUCGCGAAAUUGCUGGAGGUAUAUCGGCAUUUCAGUGGAGUCCGAGGUUGAUCUCUCUUUCCCAAGUUGGUUUUCACAAAUUUUAUCCAAACCCCAUGGUCCAUCUCUUAAUCUCAUCCCCAUGCUUUGCUGGGCCUUGUGGAAAUCUCGGAAUGACCUUAUCUGGAAUCAGAGAUCCAUGGAAGUUGCUGAGAUAGUGUCUCUUGCCCGUAACUCCCUGUCGCAGUGGAAAUCCGCCCAAGACCGUACAUUCGACCUCUCCUUGGGGCUUGUCCUCUCUUCAGACGGUAAUGCAAUUUGGUCUCCUCCCCCGCCUGGUUUCAUCAAAGUGAACUCUGAUGCUGCUUUGUUCUCUUCUCCAGAUCGCUUCUCUUUUGCGAUUGUUGCUAGAAAUCAAUCUGGGGAGCUGUUGGAAGCUAGAGCGCCUUGCCGUGAAGGUUUGGUGGAGCCUGAUUUCGCAGAAGCCAUCGGGAUCAAAGAAGCCCUGAGUUGGAUCAAAGCUAAGGGAUGGCGUAAUGUUAUGGUGGAAUCGGAUUCAUUGGUUUCAAUUCAAGCUAUUAGAAGUUCCACUCCUCUUCUCUCUUAUUUUGGGAGAAUCAUCCAAGAUUGCAGACAGAUUUUCUCUGAAUUACAAAAUUGUUCUGUGUCACUAAACUUUGUAAAACGUUCUGCUAAUGCUGUGGCCCAUUGCAUUGCAAAAUCCACUAGCAACAUAGCUGAUCGUAUUGUGAAAGGGAAUGAUGUUCCAGUUGAGUUAAACAAUGUACUCUUGAAUGAUUUAAUUCAAUAA